AUGGGCCACAUGUCGAUCAGUCAUAUCCGACGCCAAGCCGCGGAUAGCCCUUCUACGGUUGACAUCACCGGCGCGCAAAUGGUCUUGGUGAUGAAAUUGAGCGCCUUCUGCUGGAAUGUUGCUGAUGGCCAGCUCCCCGACGAACUUUUAUCGGACUGUCAGAAAGAUCGAGCACUGCGGGAGCUCCCAAGCAUCCUAGACUACGCAGGAUACAUUUUAUUCUUCCCCUCCCUCUUCGCUGGGCCAGCCUUUGAUUAUGUUGACUAUCGGCGAUGGAUCGACACGUCGAUGUUUGAUAUGCCGCCCAAUCUCGACCCGUCGAAGAAGCCUCCUUCUAGAAAGAAAAGAAGAAUUCCCCGCAGCGGCACUCCGGCCACCUUCAAGGCUCUGCUCGGACUCUUAUGGCUUAGCUUGUUCGUUGUUUUGUCUGCGAGCUAUGGCCAUGAGCAGCUGCUUGUGGACACUUAUAUGCAUCAUGCUCUCUGGCGCCGAAUUUGGAUCAUGUACAUGGUCAACUUGGUAACUAGGUUGAAAUACUAUGGAGUUUGGACGUUGACUGAAGGUUCCUGUAUUCUUGCUGGACUAGGAUAUAAUGGAGUUGAUCCUGUUACUGGCAAGGUGUUCUGGAAUCGUCUGCAAAACGUUGAUCCUUGGACAGUUGAGACCGCACAAAAUCCUCGGGGCUAUUUAGCUGGGUGGAAUAUGAACACAAAUAGCUGGCUCCGGAAUUACGUGUAUCUUCGGGUCACGCCCAGGGGGCAGAAGCCUGGAUUUCGGGCUAGCAUGAUGACAUUUGUGACCAGUGCUUUUUGGCAUGGAUUUUAUCCCGGUUACUACUUAACCUUUGUCCUUGCCAGCCUCAUUCAAACAGCUGCUAAGAAUUUCCGACGCCUAGUCCGCCCGUUCUUCCUUGAUGCCAUUACCGGUGGUCCGUCUCCGAAGAAGAAGUACUACGAUGCCGCCAGCUUUAUUGUAACGCAGCUCACUUUUUCAUUUGCAACGACGCCGUUCAUCGUUCUCAAUUUCGCAGAUUCUUACCGCGCGUGGUCUCGUGUUUACUUCUACGGCGCGGUCUGGACUAUAACAUGCCUCAUAUUUUUCGCCUCGCCAGGCAAGACGGUAUUGAAAGAAAGGCUAGAGAAGCGCCAGGGUAGGGCAAGUGCGAAAUUAUCUCGAUCACUCAGUAACGAUAGUCUUACCGGCAAAGAACCCAUCCUGGGAAUAUCGAAAGAUCCUGAGCGUGAUGUCACAGAGGCUGUGGCAGAAUUUAGGGCCGAGGUGGAAGCACGACAGAAGAAGGCAUCUUAA